UGUGUGUUGUGUGUGAUUGAUUCGAACAAAUGUCAUCAUCAUCGAUCAAUAAUGGUUUGACAUUAAUAUCAUCAAGCAUAUUUAUAAUAUUGGCUCGUUUUACCUAUGCAUAUUAUGUACAGAAUCAACAAUUUUAUCCAAUUUGUGUGAAAAUCAUUCAACAUCCAUUGUUCAUAAUGGCCACAUAUAUCAAUAUGAUUAUGAUUGUACAGUUAACAUUUGAAUUCAUAUCCAAAUAUCUAUUCGGCCAUUUACGGUCAAUUGAAUUGGAAUAUAUUAAUGAUAAUCGUUGGCCAUUAUUUUUAGAAUUAUCAUCAUCAUUCGUAUUGUUUCAACCAUUAUUCAAAUUGAUUAAUAUCAUUCAUUUUUGUUUUAUAUUUUAUUUUACAAUUUUACAUUUAUUAUUGGAAAAACGUUUGGAACAAAUUAAUCAAAUUGAUGAUGAUAAUAUAGAACCAGAUCAUUUACGUUUAAUCAUAAUACAAUCAUUAUCGGCAAUCAUAAAUUUUAUACAAAUCUGGUCAAUUUAUUAUCAUCAACGAUUCAUCUUAUUCAUAUCGACAACAACAAUGAAAACAAAUAUGUUAUUAACAUUAUUAUUUCUAUAUCGUUAUAUUUAUACAACAUGUUUAUUGAUACGUUGUAUUGGUGAUUAUAUAAUGAAUAUUAUUGAUCGUCUGUAUUAUCAAAAUGAAUGGCAAGAAAAAUUAUUAUAUCGUUCAUUUAUACAGAUGAUUACAUGUGCAAUAUGUGCAAUAAGUCAAACAUUGAUCUGGAUGGCCAUGAUUUCAAAUGGUAUACGAGCAUUAAGUUUAUUACGUUAUGCCAUAAGAAAAUGGGAUAAAUUUUUAGAUUGCUGCUAUAAUCUAUAUCGUUCAUAUUGUACUAUCAAUCGUAUGAUGACAAUGUUUUCAAUACCAACAAUUGAUGAAAUUUCUAAUCAACAACCAUGUCCUAUUUGUUUGGAUAUAAUGUUGGAUCGUGAAUAUACAAGAAAAGCAAUCAAUUGUCGCCAUAUUUAUCAUCGUGAUUGUUUAAAACGUUGGAUUCAUGUUAGACAAUUUUGUCCUGUUUGUCGUGAAACACUUUGAAAAGGUGGCGAAUGAGACAAACGUGCCAAUAAUAAAACAAAACAAAACAUGUAAAUAUAAUGUCAAUCGAUGAAAAACAAAAUUAUUUCAAAAUUCCUAUUUUGUGUAGAUAAUUUUGGAUUCGUUGUUGUGAAAUAGGUCCGUCAUUUUUUUGUUGCUUUUGUUGACUUUUUUUCUGGCAAUUUUUUUCUGCAAAUUUAAACGAUUCAUUUGGGCUGGGCACAAACCAUACACAAAAAAUUUGGAAUUAAUCUUUGUCUGGCUUUUUUUUCGGCCAAUGUA